GUGCACUUGUCUUCGAGUCUGGCUGUCACAGACUGUUUCCUGAUCUGAAGGAGAGGAGACAGACCAGGGCUGUAACAGUAGGGGGGAGAGGAGCACCAUGGCCAUGGCUUACCAACAGAAGCUAGCUGAGAAGCUCACCAUCCUCAACGACAGAGGGACAGGGGUGCUGCUGCGUAUGAACUACAUUAAGAAGACGUGCUUGGAUCCCAAGCUUCGGCCACAAUACCUGACAGACAAGAACAUGGAAGCAUCUGUCAAAUACAUCAACAAGAAGUUCCCCAACAUUGACUUCAGGGGAAAUAGUCAGUAUCUGGUAGGCAUCCAGAAACACAAGUCCGAGGUGAUGGCGGCCAUGUCCAGCUACUAUGACUCCUUCAUGGACGUUAUGGAGUUCAGGGAUCAUGUUUAUGAACUGCUGAAUACAAUUGAUGCCUGCCAGUGCUUCUUCAACAUUGCGGUGAACUUUGACUUCACCAAGAACUACCUGGAGCUGAUCAUCACAUAUAUAUCUGUCAUCGUCAUGCUUUCACGCGUCGAAGACAAGAAGGUCCUGGUGGGCAUGUACAACUGUGCUCACGAGAUGUCCAAUGGCAGCAGUGACCCUGCGUACCAGCGCCUGGCUCAAAUGUUUAUGGAGUAUGAACAGCCCAUUAAGAAACUGACUGAGGAAUUCGGCCCUCACACUAAGGGUGUGACGGAGGCCCUCCUGUCCCUACAGAUGUUGUACCCUAGGAGGAACCUUCCUGCAGAACAGUGGCGCAGCGCUCAGCUCCUCAGUCUCCUCAGCGCACCUGCCUCCAUGCUGGACCCUGCCUGCUGCGACACCAUGGCCUGUGAGUACUUGUCCUUAGAGGUGAUGGAGCGAUGGAUCCUUCUGGGUUACCUGCUGUGUCAUAGCAGUCUGAACACCAACCAGUCAUCUCAGGAGCUGUGGAAGAUGGCCCUCCGCAGCGGCCUUCAUCUCACCAUCAUCAGGGAUGAGACAAUCAACAUCCAUAAGAUCACAGAGGACUACUUCGAUGGCCUGAAAGGGUACAGUAAGCGUAUCGCCGAUAUCAAAGAAUGUCGCGAGCAUGUUAUAGUCAACAGUGGAGCCAUGCACAGAGAGAGGAGAAGUUUCCUGAGGAACGCCUUGAAGGAGCUGGUCAAAGUCCUGGAGGAUGAACCUGGACUUCUGGGACCCAAGGUGUUGUUUGUCUUCAUGGCUCUGUCGUUUUCCCGUGACGAGGUCCUGUGGCUCGUCAGAUAUUCAGAGAAUAUUCCCAAGACCAAGACUCCAGAGGACCACAGCAGACUAGACACACAGCAGAUGGCUGAACUCCUGUUCUACAUGGAGAGGUUGAGGACCCUGAUGACUAAGUACAGCCGUGUGGUGGAACGCUACCAUGUCCAGUACCUGGCCCAGUUUGAUGCCCUGCUCCUCAACGACACCAUGCAGAAUAUGUAUGUCUGUCCAGAAGAAGAAUCAGUCCUGAUGACAUCAUUUGUCUCCACCUUGUCUGCACUGACUAUCAAGCAAGUGGAAAAUGGAGAGGAGUUUGACUUCAGGGCUCUGAGACUGGACUGGUUAAGAUUACAGAGCAUGAACCUACAGGAACGGGCUACCGCCAUGAUGUUGGUUGAGAACGACAGUGAGCUGUCCAGGAUCACGCCAAGUAGCGCUCUGGGAGGAGGAUACACGGAGUUGUCAAGUGAUGCGGCGGCGAUCACGGAACGCUUCCUCGAGAGAGCAGCCUGCCUUUGCGUCUCUGUGGUGAUCCGUCAUCCACACCGCUAUGCUCCUCGCCAGACAUGGAGAGAUAUUCGCCACUCCGGCCAGAAAGGGGGAAAGGAGAAGAGCCGAAUUGUGUAA